UUCUUUCAGUACUGCCUGUCCGGACAUCCAACCUUACCAUGCAAUGUACUCAAGUUCAAAUCCACCACCAUCAUGUUGGAUUGUGGACUGGAUAUGACGUCUACCCUCAAUUUCCUCCCAUUGCCACUGGUUCAGAGCCCCAGGCUGUCCAAACUUCCUGGUUGGGUUUUGAAAGAUGGAAGCACAUUUCUGGACAAGGAACUAAAGGAGUGUUCUGGCCAUGUGUUUGUAGACUCUGUGCCUGAGUUCUGUUUACCAGAGACUGAGCUGCUUGACCUCUCCACAGUAGAUGUAAUCUUGAUCUCAAACUACCACUGCAUGAUGGCGUUGCCCUAUAUCACAGAGUACACAGGAUUCGCUGGAACGGUGUAUGCCACUGAGCCCACUGUUCAAAUUGGCAGACUUCUCAUGGAAGAACUGGUGAAUUCCAUUGAACGUGUGCCAAAGGCUCAGUCUGCCUCCAUGUGGAAGAACAAGGAGGUACAGAGAUUGCUGCCUGCCCCUCUGAAGGACGCGGUGGAGGUGUCUAUGUGGAGGAAGUGCUACACCAUGCCAGAAGUGAAUGCUGCGCUCAGUAAGAUCCAGCUGGUGGGAUAUUCUCAGAAAAUUGAGCUGUUUGGUGCUGUGCAGGUCACCCCCCUCAGCUCAGGCUACGCUCUUGGAAGUUCAAAUUGGAUUAUCCAGUCGCACUAUGAAAAGGUUUCCUAUGUUUCAGGAUCUUCCCUACUUACAACACACCCUCAGCCCAUGGACCAGGCUUCUCUUAAAAAUAGUGAUGUUCUCAUCCUGACGGGUCUUACACAAAUCCCUACUGCUAACCCAGAUGGCAUGGUAGGAGAGUUCUGCAGCAACUUGGCUAUGACUGUCCGGAAUGGAGGAAAUGUGCUGGUUCCCUGUUACCCCUCUGGAGUAAUAUAUGAUCUGCUGGAGUGCCUGUAUCAGUAUAUUGACUCUGCCGGACUCUCCAAUGUCCCUUUUUAUUUCAUCUCACCUGUUGCCAACAGCUCCCUCGAGUUCUCCCAGAUCUUUGCUGAAUGGUUGUGUCAUAACAAACAAACAAAGGUGUAUCUUCCAGAACCUCCUUUUCCCCAUGCUGAGCUUAUUCAGACAAACAAAUUGAAACAUUAUCCCAGCAUCCAUGGAGACUUCAGCAAUGACUUCAAGCAGCCAUGUGUUGUGUUCACUGGACAUCCCUCUCUUAGGUUUGGGGAUGUGGUUCAUUUCAUGGAGUUAUGGGGAAAAUCUAGCUUGAACACUGUUAUAUUCACAGAACCAGAUUUCUCUUAUCUGGAUGCCCUGGCUCCUUAUCAACCUUUGGCGAUGAAAUGUGUUUACUGUCCCAUUGACACAAGACUGAAUUUUAUUCAGGUGUCUAAAUUACUCAAAGAAGUCCAGCCUCUCCACGUCGUUUGCCCAGAGCAGUACACUCAGCCACCACCCACCCAGUCUCAUCGCACAGAUCUGAUGAUAGAUUGCCAGCCACCACCAAUGUCCUACCGCAGAGCAGAGGUGCUCACUCUUCCCUACAAGAGGCGCUAUGAGAAGAUCGAAAUCAUGCCAGAACUUGCAGAUUCGCUGGUGCCCUUGGAGAUUAAGCCUGGUAUUUCCUUAGCAACAGUUUCUGCCGUGUUGCAUACUAAAGACAACAAGCAUGUGCUGCAGCUCCCUCCAAAACCUCCGCAACCUCCCGCCAGCAAGAAGAGAAAGCGAGUGAGUGAUGACGUGCCGGAGUGUAAACCUUUGAAGCCAUUGCUGAGCGGCUCCAUUCCUGUGGACCAGUUUGUGCAGACGCUUGAGAAGCACGGUUUCAGUGACGUGAAGGUGGAGGACACAGCCAAGGGCCACAUCGUACUCCUCCAGGAGGCAGAAACCCUCAUUCAGAUUGAGGAGGACUCCACACACAUCAUCUGCGACAACGAUGAACCUUUGAGGGUGAAACUGCGUGACCUGGUCCUCAAAUUCCUGCAGAAAUUUUAGCUCGUGGACAUCGUGCUGCUCUGCAAAGAGACACCCCAUAGCAGCAGAGCUAAGAGCUUUCCAGAGGAUGACCCCAGGGACAGAAAGAGUUUCCUGAUUCAAAGAGACCACGAACCGUCUUUCCUUUCAAUAGAGAAGCGAGGAAGUAUUUUUUAAUAUCUAUAUAUUUUUUAAGUUUUAUUUGUAACCAGGUUUGGAAUACUUUGGAAGGGAUUCCUGUGCUGUAAAAUUGGGAGUUGGAAUCUUAUAGGAGAUACGAACUGCAGAGUAAAUAAAUAGAGUGUAUAUUUACAAGGU